AGAGAGGCAUACUUUCACAGCUCAAGCCUCACUGCAGAUCUCUCUGUGUAAUGCUGUUCUUCCUACAGGAGGAGGUGGAGGAGUGUGAGUGAGGGACUUGUCUGGCAGCCAUCCCAGUCAAACAGUAAUACAGAGUCGGCCCGGGAGCCCCCCCCCCCUUUGUGAGCCAGUGGGUGUGUGACGUUACCGCUGAGAGGAGGGGCCCCCUAUCUCCUGUCUGGCCAAUCCUCAAACUCGGCGACUAGGUCACAUAAGAAUCCCCCCUUUCAGGUUGCCAUGGUAAUGUGCACUGGACCAGGCAGCAUCUUGCUGUGGUGAGAAGGGAAGACAAGAAAGGAGAGAUAGAGGGAGUGGAGAGAACGAGAACAAACCACAGACAGAGGAAUCACCUAAGCUCUUCAGCUGCUGCGCCUCUUCCCUCUAACGAAGAUGCUUGAGGCAGGGAGCUAAGGCCUCACCAGAGCGGAGUGCGUGCUAGAGCCAGGGGCUGGGGCCUGACCAGAGGCCCCUGAGAGGGUUGCAGGUCCAUGGGGACCAUGGGGGAUCCUGGAGGCUUCACCACCACAGGGGAGCGGGUGAACCCUGCCCACGUAAUGUUUGACCGCUUCACCCAGGCCUCAACCUGUAAAGGCACGCUCAAGGCCUUCCAGGAGCUCUGUGACCAUCUGGAUCUCAAGCCCUGCGAGUACCGGAUCUUCUACCACAAGCUCAAGUCCAGGCUCAACUACUGGAAGGCCAAGGCACUCUGGGUUAAGCUAGACAAGCGGGCAGGCCAGAAGGAGUACAAGAAGGGACGAGCAUGUGUCAACUCUAAGUGUCUGAUCAUUGGGGCGGGACCAUGUGGCCUGCGGACGGCCAUCGAGCUGGGCUUCCUGGGGGCCAAGGUGGUGCUGCUGGAGAAGAGAGAUGCUUUCUCCAGGAACAACGUGCUCCACCUGUGGCCCUUCUCCAUCCAGGACCUCAGGGGCCUCGGGGCAAAGAAAUUCCACGGAAAGUUCUGCGCUGGCGCCAUCGACCAUAUCAGUAUCCGCCAGCUCCAACUGAUGCUGCUAAAGGUGGCCCUGCUGCUGGGCAUCGAGAUCCACGUCAAUGUGGAGUUCAAGGGUCUCAUCGAGCCCCCCGAGGACCAGGAGAACGAGAGGAUAGGGUGGAGGGCUGAGGUCCACCCCAGGACACACCCAGUCAACGAGUUGGAGUUUGACGUCAUCAUUGGGGCAGACGGAAGAAGAAACACGCUGGCAGGGUUCAGGAGGAAGGAGUUCCGAGGCAAGUUGGCCAUCGCCAUCACGGCCAACUUUAUCAACAGGAACACAACGGCCGAGGCCAAGGUGGAGGAGAUCAGUGGAGUGGCCUUCAUCUUCAACCAGAAGUUCUUCCAGGACCUCCGGGAAGCCACGGGAAUUGACCUAGAAAACAUUGUCUACUACAAGGAUGACACGCACUACUUUGUCAUGACUGCCAAGAAACAGAGCCUGCUGGAGAAGGGAGUCAUUCUGCAUGAUUAUGCAGACACAGAGAUGCUCCUGUCUAGGGCUAACGUGGACCAGGAGGCUCUUCUCUCUUAUGCCCGCGAGGCCGCAGACUUCUCCACCAACCACCAGCUGCCCACUCUGGACUUUGCCAUCAACCACUACGGACAGCCCGACGUGGCCAUGUUCGACUUCACCUGCAUGUACGCCUCAGAAAAUGCGGCGCUCGUGCGCCAACGCAAUGGACGCCAGCUACUGGUGUCUCUGGUGGGGGACAGUCUACUGGAGCCCUUCUGGCCCAUGGGCACUGGUAUAGCCCGGGGUUUCCUGGCAGCCAUGGACUCGGGCUGGAUGGUGAAGAGCUGGGCCCAGGGAAACACCCCUCUGGAUGUGCUGGCUGAGAGGGAGAGCAUAUAUCGCCUGCUGCCUCAGACAACGCCAGAGAACAUCAGUAAAAAUUUCAGCCACUACAGUGUGGAUCCCACCACGCGCUACCCUAACAUCAGCCUCCACUUCCUCAGGCCCAACCAGGUACAACACCUCAUUGACACAGGGGAUUCAAGCCGUGAAAUGCGUAUCGAAAUGGAGAAUGUAGUGACCUCGUCAACACCCAAGCUCACCCGAAAUGAGUCCAUCGCUCGCUCCAGCAAGCUGCUAAACUGGUGUCAGAGACAGACAGAGGGCUACAGGAAAGUCAGUGUGACUGACCUCACCAUGUCCUGGAAGAGUGGCAUGGCCCUGUGUUCCCUCAUCCACCGCUACAGACCUGACCUCAUUGACUUUGACUCCCUGGACGAACGGGACCAACAGAAAAACAACCAGUUGGGCUUUGACGUGGCCGAGCGGGAGUUUGGAAUCUCCCCCUGCAUGACGGGCAAGGAGAUGUCCCAGGUGUCAGAGCCCGACAAGCUCUCCAUGGUCAUGUACCUCAGCCAGUUCUACGAGAUGUUCAAGGACACAGUUCCCCCUGGGGCCGGAGAUAACCAGAACAUGAGCCCUGAGGAGAAGGCUGCGUUGAUCAACAGCACUAAGUCUCCCAUCUCCUUCCUUAGCAAGCUGGGCCAGAGCAUCGCCAUAUCCCGCAAACGCAACCCCAAGGACAAGAAGGAGAAGGAUGUGGAUGGUUUGGGGAAGAGGAGGAAGACUAGCCAGGCUGGCCAUUCUGAAGAAGAGGAGGUUUUGAGGGGUAACCAUGAUGACAGGCCGUCAAACAGUACUGCUCUAACGGAGAGGAAGAUGAAGGAAGAGACCGCAGCUGUAGGGAACCAUAACAAAGUCAAGUCCAUGGCCACCCAGCUCCUCGCCAAGUUUGAGGAGAAUGCUCCUGCAGAGUCCAAGGGCCUCAAACGACAGGGGGAUUCUCUGCCCAAUCUGGAUCUUCUUGUGGCACAGCCCCCUCCCCCGCCUCCUGCCCCUCUGGACCCCCCCAGGGAGUCUGUCUGCCUAGCUCUGGUCCCUGCAUGGAGACAGAAACAAACCCAACAGCAGGAGCAGCUCAGCUUUGGCUAUAAGACCCUCCCCAACAGAGGGGAGCAGCCAAGAAGCAGUACAGAGUCAACCUGUGGCUCACGGAGCUGCCCUAAGAAAACCAUUCUGCUCUCCUCCUCUUCCUCCACCUCCUCACUCUAUCUUCACUUACAGAAAUGGAAACCCGUGCAGCUUGACGAGCCAGAGCCUAUUCACAUCCCUAGCAUUCAGGAGAGGUCUGCGAGAUUAGUCGCUAAGUUUAAGGGUAAACCUGAGAAACCAAAGGAGCUAGAGCUUCUGCGCUUUGAUGAUCAAAUGCUGUUACAUAGCCUUAGUAUACAGGAGAGGGCUGAGCAGCUUGCCUCGCAGUUUCAAAGCAAGCCGACAAAGCCACAGCCUAAGAGAAAGCGCUCACGUUUCUUUAUAGAACAGUGGCACCUGUCACGCAGCCAUAGCCCAGAGAGUCCCCUCUCCUCCCCUGAAACGCUCCGACAGAGAUAUUUAAAGAUGUACACAGGGGGAGUAAGCUUAUUGGCUGAUCAGAUAGCCAAUCAGCUUCAACCUCAGGAGGAACCCAAGCCCUUACUUGACGAGAGGGAAUUGGUGGAAUUGGGUUCCCUGAGGAAGGAGUUUCCCCAGAACAUCGGGGGCAGUGACGUGUGCUUCUUCUGCCGGAAGCGUGUGUACGUGAUGGAGCGGCUGAGUGCCGAGGGCAAGUUCUUCCACCGUAGCUGCUUCAAGUGUGACUACUGCGGAACGACGCUUAGAUUGUCAUCCUACGCCUUCGAUGUGGGGGAUGGGAAGUUUUACUGCAAGCCGCACUACUGUUACCGCUUGUCUGGUCAGGCUCAGAGGAAGAGGCCAGCACCGACCUCUGCUCUGCUCAAUACAAAGGACAACCAGGCGUCCUUGCCCGUCAUGGUCACCGUGGACUCCCCCGGGAGGGGGGAGAUGGCAUCCCUGUCUCCCGCUGAGCGCCAGACCUCAGUCCCAGAGGUCAACGGGCUGCAGGAGCCCAGCCUGCCUAAGCGUCUGCGCGGCACGCCGGAGCGCAUCGAGCUGGAGAACUACCGUCUCUCUCUACAGCGGGAGGAAGAUCUGGAGGAGGUGCCCGAGGAGACGCUGGCUGAACACAACCUGAGCAGCGUGCUGGACAAGGACAAACACGCAGAGCUGGGCUCCAGCAGCUCUGAGUCUGACAUGGAGGAGGAGGACCAGGAGGAUGAGGACCAUGAGGAGGAGGAGCAGCAGGAGCCCCCCAGCCCCUCAGACCUGGGAGGGGUACCCUGGAAAGAGGCUGUGGAGAUCCAUGCUAAGCUGAAGACCGACAGCGACCCAGGGGCCAAGGGAGAGGACGGGACUCAAAUUGUUAGAGACCUAAAGGUGGAGGAGGAGGAAGAGGAGGACGAUGAGGAGGAAUCGAGUGAUGAGGGGGAGUACUGCCCGUGGGAGAGGGAGCUCCAGUCAGGCGUAUGGCUGGAGAACCUCAAAGAUGAAGAGGAUACAGGUACAUUUAAAGACAGAUACCUGCAGAUCCAGCAAGUGCUGCAGCCUGUGGAUCCUACAGUCAUUAAGAAUAUCAGAGGAGUCUCCGUGCUGUCGGAGGGGCCUCCUGCCUCAGCCUCCCAGCCCUCCUCCACAGCCCCCGCCAACACAUCCGCCCGUCAUGAGGCUGUGCGAGUCUGGUUGGAGUCGGUGUCUGGAGUAAUGGAUCAGUGCAUGUCUCUCUCUAACCACCAAUCAUGUCAUGAGACCUGUGAGGAUGAGCACCCGGAAGUAGAAGUUGGCAGCCAUGAUUUUGAGCCGGGCACCGAGAUGGAUCAGGAAGACAUUCCCUCCGACGCAGAGGCUGAGGCUCUUCUACACCAGUCAGAGAUCAGUGAAGCGUUUCCUGAAGAGGACAAGAAGUCGGAAAGUCAGGGGCUCGCCUUCAGCAUUGAACAAUCUAGUGUCAGUCCAGUGAAGUUAGUUGGGGAAGUUGUGCUCUUGCCAGUCAAACCACCUACUCCACAGCCUGAUUCACAGAUGUCUCACCCCUCUCCCUGCCUGGUCAAAUCCCCUGGCAUGCACUUUUUCCCAGAACCUUUUCCACUGGAGGACAUCACAACACCACAGAGGACAUCUCAGACUCCCAAUGCCAAGAGCCCUCCAUACCCUGCCCCCACUAUGUCCCCCAUCCGCUCCCCUGUUUGUUCCCCCGUCCAUUCCCCUAUCUGCUCCCAGCCUGUCCCACUGCUCGAAACCGUUACCACCAAAUCCCCUGUUAACUCUCCGUCAUGCUCCUGUCCCCCGACAGGGAACCCGCUGUCUCCCAUCUGUGCCCAGCCACUGCCUUGCCAAGAGCCUUCCUCAUCCCUCACCUCCGACUCCCCCGUCAGAACUCAGCCUGUCCCUGCAGUCACCUCCACGCCGCUGGUCAAACCAGCCUCAUCUGACAGGGCUAUCCCCGAGCCACAAAAAUCCCUAGACUCAUCAGACCUGGAAACCCCUGUCAAGAAGACGGACAUCAUCGAGGAGUUCUGGCUGAAGAGUGCAGAGAUCAGAAAGAGUCUGGGUCUCACCCCAAUGGAACGUAGCAGCAGCAUAUCCCCAGAGAAGAGUCCUAUUACUGUGGGUAGGGUUCCCACCCCGGACUCCUCUUCACCCAAGUCCUACACCCCAGAGGACUUGUCGGAGCAGCUUUCCCCCUUCACCGGCCGCUCGGUAAUCCGCAGGCUGAACAUUACAGUGGAGGGCCAGGUCAUUUCCCCUGUGGAGCCCAAGAGCAAAGCCACGGAUCAAAGGGACCUAAGCAGCAGCUCUGGCCUGGGCCUCAAUGGCAGCACGACCACCAGCCAGACCAGCCAGGCAGCCAGCGACAGUUACAACACCUCCGACUCCACCAUGCUCACCCCGCCCUCCAGCCCCCCGCCGCCCCCACCCAACGAGGAGCCAGCCACCCUAAGGCAGCAGCAGAAGCAUCAUGUCUCCUGGAACAAUGGGAUCGAUGGCCCCACUACACCUGAGCCAGCCAAGGCAGCACCCACCAAGAUCAAGAGCCCUGUGCCUGUACCGAGGACCCAACUCAGUCCUGUGUCUGUGCCCAAGCCUGCCCCCAGGGCUACACUGGUCACGUCACCAAUCACAGCUCCGGUCAAUGCUCCUGUGGUGACCAUGAGACGGGAGAAGAGCAGCAAACCACGUCGGGAGGAGGUGAGGAAGUCAUUUGUGGAAUGCGUGGCAGAGAUCCCGUUUGCAGACGAUGUGGAGGACACGUAUGACGAGCGGACGCCAGACACAACCAUGGAAAGGUUCUACACCCCACCCACAAGCAGGCCCAAUAGGGAGAGGGAGAAACCUCCUCUUCAAUUGGCCCUGGCUAUGGAGAAUGGAACAGCCAAUUUCCCUGGGAACCAGCAGGCCUCAAAAAACCAUAAGGCCCAGCAGUUCUCCCCUGAGGCCAAGGAAAUAGCUGAAGAGCGGAUGAGGGCCAGAGAGAAGUCAAUCAAGAGCCAAGCUCUAAAAGAUGCUAUGGCCAAGCAGCUCAGCAAGAUGAAAGAGACGGACAUGGCCAAGGGCUCUGCCGCCACUGCUAAAGUGGUGUGGAACGUGGCCUCAUCAGAGACAUCCGGAAAAAGUACUAAGAAGCUGUCCGGCUCGCCAAAGACAUCUGCGGUGAUUGCUCUGGAGUCAAAGAAGGCGGAGACUUUGCCAGAGCUUUUCUUCAGCAUUCAGGUUAACAAGAGUCUGGACGGCUCGACUGUCUCCUCUGAUGGCUCCACCUCGGGAGGCAAGAGCAAGAAGCGCAGCUCCCUUUUCUCGCCACGCAAGAACAAGAAGGAGAAGAAAGCCAAGAACGAGAGCCGGCUCUCCUACAAGCACGGUGCAGACGAGACGCCGUCGCCUCCCAAACACAAGUCCCUGUGGAAGGCAGUGUUCUCAGGGUACAAGAAAGACAAGAAGACGAAUAAGGAUGACAAGUCGUGUCCCAGCACGCCGUCCAGCUCUACCACCAAUGACUCAGGGAAGAAGAGAUCAUCUCCUCUCGGGAGGUCAUCAGAUUUGAAGUCGCGCCGAAACCGGAGCUUCUCUGAGGACUCUGAUCUGUCAUGUGAUGAUGUGCUGGAGAGGUCGUCCCUGAAGUCUAAGGCAGAUUCUGUUUAUGUCCCUCACGCAUUGGCGUUCAAGAGAGCGUACGCCACAAAGAAAACCUACACAGAGGAGGAGCUCAAUGCCAAGCUGACACGGAGGGUACAGAAAGCUGCCCGGCGACAGGCCAAGCAGGAGGAGUUGAAGAGGCUGCACAGAGCCCAGAUCAUCCAGAGACAGCUGGAGCAGGUGGAGGAGAAGCAAAGACAGCUGGAGGAGAGGGGCGUGGCCGUGGAGAAAGCCCUGCGAGGGGAAGCAGUAGUUGAGCCCUUUGUCGGGACCCCUCGCCGAAGACCUAUCUCCUUCUGUCCCUGCUGUUCCUCUGAAGGGAUGGGCAAAAAGGACGACCCCAAGCUCAUGCAGGAGUGGUUCAAACUGGUCCAGGAGAAAAACGCCCUGGUGCGAUACGAAUCUGAGCUGAUGAUAUUUGCACGAGAACUGGAGCUGGAGGAUCGCCAGAGUCGACUGCAGCAGGACCUGAGGGAACGAAUGGCAAUUGAAGACCACAUGAAGACGGAGGUAGAGCUGGCGCAGGAGAAGCACAUCCUGAAUGAGAUGCUGGAGGUGGUGGAGCAGAGAGACUCCCUGGUAGCCCUCCUGGAGGAGCAGAGGCUCAGUGAGAAGGAGGAGGACAAGGACCUGGAGUCUGUCAUGCUCUCCAAGGGCUUCAACCUUAACUGGGCCUGAGGAGGAGAGACUAAACUCACCAUCCACCGUAACUCAGAUAAUACACUACCCCUACUCUGUGUCAGGGCUCAGUGAAGGCCCAAGCCACGGUCUCAUGCUCGGUCCCAGAUAACCCAGCAGAGAAUGUGUGCAGAAUGGAGUUGUUCCAUUACGGCUCCUCUGUUGGAGCAGUCUAUAAUGUUUACAUAUCUACCCUGCCACCAGCCAGGCAUCAUUAUCUCCCCUCACUAUCAAAUCACGGUGGGAGGAGCAACUACAUCCUGGACUUUCUCAGAACUUCAGAAGUUCUUGGAGCGGUUCUCCAGAAUGGGGAACAAUGUUUUAUUAUUUCUUUUAAUCUCAAACACGCAAAGGGAAGAAACAGGUUAGGUCCUGCUGAUGUAAAGGAAUUCAAUGUAUGAUACCUGUUUCAAUGUACUACAUGUGUAGAACAUGACAUAUUAGCAAAGCGGGGGUUUUAGAUGAGGGUAGGCCCUUGACCUAUUGACUGUUACAGGGUUUCUGUGGGAAGGGGAGGAGUGGUCUCACUCUCAUUCUAUCAGUCUCAGCCUAACCUCAUAACAUACUCUACUAUUGUGACUGCUGACUGGGGAGGGACAUCCUCUCCUUUAGCUGCCUUUCACUCCAAUUACACAUUGGCUUCCACAUUCUGAGGAGCCAAUAAGGAUGAGACUCUAAAAGUCCCAUCAUUUUUUUGCACAGAGAUUCACCUGAAGAGUCAACACUAAGGAUCAAUGGAAUCUGGUCACUUGGUUGUUUUGUAUUUAUUCGCUUGGUUUUGAUAGAGAACCUGAAUUAACUGAUUUUGGUAUUUUCCGUGUUCACGGAGGGGAGUGCCUGAAUUGGAGGCUCGACGGAUUGCACAUGUGCUCUCUUUAUAACAUUGACAACAAGGAAAUCAACUCAAAACUCCAUCACCAAGAAGCCAUUGUGUAAUGGGUGGAGGCUGCUGCAGGCUCAGAAAAAUAUCCUGCGUUACAUUGUCUUUGACUCUGAAAGUUGUGCUGGUGUGAAUAGUUAACCUGUAGCAUAGAUUCAUUGACACAUGUACACUUCAGCAAGCAACCCACUUGACACAUCUCUUGGUGUCCUAGUUCUGAGCUAUCAUGUGGCUUCUCCAUACCAUGCCAUUCACCAUAAAUCACACUGAUAUUUCAUUUUAUAAUCAGUAGCCCUUAUUCAAUACUAAUUGGCAUAUACCAUGAAAUGUCCUCGGUGUAGGUAAACAGUGAAGAGAACAACGUUAGGGGCAGUGUCUUAUUGGGCUUACACAGUAUCAAUACAUUGUGUUAUCAUAAUACCAUAAGUGAACUGACAUCACUAACUGGUGUCAUGAGACACUUGCGUCAGUGGAUAUGCUUCAAUAUGGGAGUUCUAAACCACAGAACUCUGGCUUCGCUAUCCCUGGGGCUGAGGUACAUUACCUGCUUUGGAGCAAGAUGCCCUUUUCCCUUCUGUUUUAAUAUUUUCUUUUCUUUUUAGGGUUUAAACUUUUAUGUAUCCCACCAGAGGUACAUUUCUAUAUUGUGUUUUUUGGUAAAAUCCUUUCAUACAACUACAGGUUGUCAAACAGCAGUUAUGAGUAGAAGUGGAGACAGGAAGGUUGCUCUAAACCACUUCUAUUCUGUCAGUCACAGGAGCAUGUGCUUUUGUUUGGCAUUUGACCUUACUAGCAUUUCUGCCAAACUGUAAAUCUCUGGUUGGUCACAGUUUUAUAUAUUUUUCUGUAUUGAUAGAUACAUACACUGAGAAUUUGUGUAAGAAUUAAACGGAGCUGUGAAUACAAAAAAGUUACAUAAUUUCAAGGCUGGUUUAGAUGGUGUGUGAUAAGUUUGGUAGAUUUUAUUGAUAUUUAUAAACGUGUGUGCAAAAAUGUAUCAUAUGUAAAGAAAAAUGAAUCCUAAUUUUUAAAACUGUAUGUUGACACACACGACAAAUAUGUAAAUGCUGCUUCAUUUAGCCUAAAUGCAUAGGGUGUUGGAGGUAUGCUGAAACGGCAAUAAAGCAAUGCGGUUGUUCAUUUAGAAA